UAAUGGACAAAAGUUUGCAGCGUCGGCGAGACGGAAACGAAUAUUAUUGAUACAGCGAGAUUCAACUGUAUAGUCGGACAGAAAACCGAAAGGAGGAAAAACAAUCACAACUGCAGUUAACAAGGCAUGAACGAACGAACGGACGGAGUAAGAAGCAUAUGUAUCACUAGCCAACUACAAAAUAUACAAAAACAUUCGUCGCCCUCAGAAUCUGAAGCAUCAAACGCUAGGCACCAUCUGAAAUGAUACUUCCGAUACUCAAUACAUUUUUUUUCCCCUGCAGCCCUACCCGCGCAUCAUGCUCGAACGGCGCGCGCGAUAGCUGGAUCAGCGGGUAUGACCCUCCCCCUCCACCUGGUGUGUUCGUAUUCCCAGCCACUGGCGACGACGCGUCAGAUGAGGACGACGACGAAGAAGACGCGUGUUGGCGGGCUGAAGAUGAUGGGUGUUGGCGGAGCGGUGCGAGUUGGAUGAGCCCGUGCUCGCUCGCUGAGGAUAUGGAGUUAGGGUUGUUCCACGUGGAUGCGGGGGAGGCUACGGGCCAUUCGUGGUGAGAGCCUGCAGUUGGGUGCUGGGAGGGCGGUGGUGGUGGGAGGUUGUACCCUCCAGCGGAUGUAGAGGCGUAUGUGGACUGUUGGUGCCGUGGAUAGGCUUGUUCGUUAGAGGAGCUGGCAUACGAUUGGUUU